UUUUCUGGUUAUAGCGCCAAAAAUAAAAAGUGCACAGGUGAUCAAAUACCACCAGAAGAAUGCUCUAUUUGUGUUAAAAAAGGACAUAAAUUUCAUUUGGGGCAGCAUUGCAUGACCGCGCAAUUAUCAGUUGAAUUAGUGCAGCGCCGGGUAGCAAAAAGAGGCCUGGUCAUUAAGGGGGGUAAAUCCUCAGGAGCUCAAGUGGUUAAAUGAAAAACUGAAUUUUUGCUUGCACGUGAUUGGAUAAUGGAAGUCAGCAAAGCUUCACAUAA